CCAAUAGUCACAACUUACAUGUUGCAUCAUACAUGUUGCGUACUUUGCGUCCACACAUUACCUUGUACAAUGUACAGUGUAUAAUUAAAUCACUUACCACCUAAAACAAUUACUUUAAAUUUUUUUGUUGAGCUACAUGGUUGAACCUCCAUUCUCUUCAAUGGAAAAGGAAGAAUUUUCUGUAAAAUUUGCAGAAAAUGAAGAUAUAGUGAGCGAAAAAUACAUUUACAAAGAUGGUUGUUAUUAUCAACGAGUUGAUAACUCUGUUACAUAUAUGGAACCUCUACUCAUUGAUUAUUCUCUCCUUAUCUCUUCAUCUUCAUCCCAAAAAGAAAGAGAUGAACUUGAAAAAUUCAAGUCAGCUCUUUGUUCAUAUGGUUGCUUCCAGCUGAUAAACCAUGGUAUACAAAUCUCACUACUUGAUGAGAUAAAGAAGAUAUCAAGGCAAUUUUUUGCACUUCCUAAGGAAGAGAAGCAAAAAUAUGCAAUGUUACCAAAAGAUACAAAUGGCUAUCAACGUGGAGUAGUUACUAAUUCAACUCCUACCAACCAAGUUCUUGAUUGGAAUGAAGGGAUAAAUCUCACACUUUUUCCUGAAGAUCGUCGUCAGCUCAAAUUUUGGCCUGAGAACUCUCUUCAUUUCAAGUAAUGUACUAAAGAAAAUAAGUUAGAGGUGAUCAUGGGCCGGGCCGGUUUCGGGCCGCGGCCAAAAAAAUUUGCCCAUUGGCCGGGCCGGGCCUAAAUUCGGGCCGAAUUUUUGUGUACAAAGCCCGCUAUUUCGGGCCGGGCUUUUGCGGGCCAAAACGGGCCGGGCCAAAAAAUAGACUAAAAAGUCGUUUUUAGCUUGCCCAAAGCCCGCCCAAAAACAAAAAAAAAUGACCGGGCCCGGCCCGGCCCGCGGGCCGAAAAAUUCUGCCCAAAACCCGGCCCAAAAACGGGCCGGGCCAAAAUGAUCACCUCUAAAAUAAGUCCAAAAAAAUAAGACCUCAUUUGAACGUUCUCAUAAUUUGAUAGGUUGUAAUGUAAUGACCCAUAAGCGAAGGUCGCUUCCAUCCAUCCUAAAGAAAAUGUCUUCUCUUCGUUGCUCCCCUUCCUUGGCAAGUGGCCGUUUAGUCCAUGGUCCAUUGGAUGGUCGGUGCAAGGCCAGAAAUUGGAACACAUUGAUUCCGCUCGUUCCCGUCCUUCGCUUCAGGGCCUGUCCAUUCUUAUAUAAAUAGAGUCACGCAUGACUGUGACCGCUCGUCAUGAGUCGCUAGCCCAACCUAGGAGCACUGGCCUCACGUUUAACUCUAGAGGUAUCAAAGUAAAGGUAAAUCAGUUUAUUCUCUUUUUACAUAAGGUAAAUCAGUAUCAAAUCAUACUUAAGUUAGUACUA